AAACACGGUCUCCCUAAAACCCUUAAAAACGCUCUCCCGGCCCGACCGAUCUUCCUUCCCCCUCCGUCGACGACGCCCCUCCUCCUACCUCCUCCUCCCGUUGCUUGACGCAGAUUGUGUGCGCAUCAUGGAUAUUGUUUCUCAGCUACAAGAGCAAGUGAACGCCAUGGCCUUGCUGGCCAUGAACACCUUUGGGACUUUGCAGAGAGAUGCUCCCGCUGUACGCUUGUCACCUAACUAUCCUGAGCCAACAGCUAAUGCCUCAGAAGAGACAAUUGGCGCUGAGUAUCCAAAGACAAUGAGCGCAGCUCUAGUGGAAGCUGCAAAGAAGUUUGAUGUUCUUGUUACUGCCUUGCCCUUGUCAGGGGAAGAAGCUCAGCUCAAAAGAAUUGCAGAACUCCAGGAAGAGAAUAAAGCAGUAGGUUUGGAGCUUGAAAAACAACUAGAGGCUGCAGAGAAAGAGUUGAAGCAGGUACAGGAACUCUUCAAUCAGGCAGCAGAUAACUGUUUGAAUCUUAAAAAAACAGACUAAUUAAAUUGACUAGGGAGGGGGUUGAGCAGAUGCAAACUUUGGCCAUGGAAUUUUGUAUCUUGAGUUUUUGGACACCAAGUUCUUUACCCGGUAGGCGAAUUAGGAGAAAGAUUAUCUAUCUACAGGAUUAUUCAGGCGAAAUCUGAAUACCUAGAUUAUUAUCAUUUUAUGUAGGCAUCGCUUUAAUCCUCGAAUUAGUGAUCAUGUUUCACGUGAUAGCUUGUUGGUUGAGUACUCACUCUUUAUUUUUUUCUUCACUGCCUGUGUUCUCCUUCAGUGUAGACUUUGAAGCGCCUGAGAAUGUUGGGAGGAAUUAUAAAUUUUGUAUAA